AAAGAAGGUCAUUUGCCCGAUGGAUGGGUUCAAACUACUCUUGAUUCUGCUUACACAAAUUCCACCGAUAAAUUAUUAUUUGUAGGAUGCAAAGUAGCAAUAAAUUCAGCACAUAUUGUCAUUAUUGAUUAUGAACAAAAUAUAAUUUGUGACGAAUGGUUUCAUUCAUCCACUAGUGAUAAUAACAAUAAAGAAUUGAACCAUGGAAUGAAAAGUUUAAAGAAUAUGCAAAAUCUUUUAUUGUCUCUUAUAACUAGAAAUACAAAAUUAUACGCACACCCGCAUAUUAUUGAUACAUCAAUUCUAUAUCAAGAUAAUAAUGAAUUAUAUUCAAGACCAACAUUAAGCUUUCUUAAAGCAACUUUGUAUAAAAUUACAUUGGAA